AUGGGUUCUCUCAAGUCUCUCUUCACCCUGGGCGCGCUUGACGUUGCCGCCGUUACUGCAGCACCUGAGCCGAAGCCCAAGUCCCCAAGUUGCCCGGUUGCGGGACUUCCUCCUUACCACCCCUUCGUCAUCGAGGAGGGUUGGGAUCCUGUCAAGAUUGAUGCCGCACUCCGCAAGGACGUGAAUGCCACUCUUGAGGCUGGUUACAAUGCUGGACCUGAGUGGCCUCAGGAGGACUUUGCCAAAUACCUCAAGGGCACUAAGUGGGAUGUUACUGGCAUCGGUUUCGGCAUGAGAGCCUCUACCAUCGUCGAGGUUGUCACCCUCUUCGAGGGUAUGUUACAAGUUCAUGGAGAAACUAACAUUGGCUACACAGGCGAACUCUUCCUCUUCCGCCAGAAGACUCCCAAUGUUCCUACAGUGUUCAACCGUGGCCCCGACUCCCUGCUUUGGUCUGUUCAGCGCCGCUUCCCCCUUUCCAGCGACUGCAAGGGAAAGCCGGGCAAGCUUAUCGGCUACAACGAGCUUUGCGACAGCUGA